AUUUCUAAAAAAAGCAUCGAUACAUUAGGAUAAAAGGCAAACGACGUAUGUCUCAUCGUAAUAUGACGUAAGUUCCAAUGUCAAGAGCAUGUAAAUGGGUGAAGGUAAACAAGCGAGUGACUUUUCUCUUUCGCUAAGAGAUCAGACGUGGUCCAGUGCUUCCACGGCAGUACUGCUUUUGCUCAACGAGCCUCGAAGAUCAAAACUGAAUUAAUACGUAUCGACCGAUUAAAGUCGAUGGAUAAAUUGCAAAUUAAUUCUUUAUUAUAUAUGAAAAGAAUUUUGAAAUAUUUAUCCGAACGAAAUAUUUAUACUCCUUCGUCGUUAAAAAGAAUUCAUUGAAGAGUGAAGUUAAAAACUGAACUAACUUGAAGUAACGUGAAGUAAAACUUUUGCCCCAUAUAUACAUAUAAUAAUGAAUAAUAAUAAUAAUAAUAAAGUGCGAAGGAACAUGCCGCAUUUCUCGUAUCCCGAAGUCCUGACGGAAGCGGCAGGUGUGAAGAUUGUAACAUCUCUGCCCAUAGAGGAUGUGAAUCUACUUCCGCCAGGAAAGAUGGUCCUUAAAAUGCGGAAAAUCAACGUGGAAACAUAUAUGCACGGUAAAUAUUGCGGAUUUCAUUUGACCAAAUCGAAAUGGGAUCCGUAUCCGUGGGUCGGCUAUGUCGAGAAUAAUAGUCCUGCCGACCUAGCAGGAUUGAAAGCGGGCGAUUGUUUAUUGGGCGUUGACGACACCGAUUUGUUAGGGCUAAAGAUCAAAGACGUCGCUACUUUAAUUCGUAAUGAGGAAGGUGUUCAAGAUAUAAAUUUCCUCAUUUGGAGAUACACGCAUCAAGAAGAUGAACAGAAUGAUACUAGGCUAGCCCUGAAGGGUCCACUUCCAAAUGUAGCCAGAAAUCUUGCAAAUGCAUUAUCAGGAACGGUCCGCGCCUUAGAAUGUCCGAUUUGCUUGGAAAGCGCCGCUCCUCCGGUCUCGCAAUGCGUUCACGGCCACAUCCUGUGUGUCGUCUGCAGGCCGAAGACGACGCAUUGCCCAGUCUGCAGAGUCCGGCUUGGCCAGGGCCGAUGCCUUCUCGCAGAUAAAUUACAUAGAGCACUUCGCGAUGCCUUCAACAUGGAUAAUGCCAAGGCACCCGUCACAACUGAUCGUUAUAACUUACAUGACCAAUUGUUCGGUAAAAGUAGCAAGAGACAAGAGACUCCGGUCGUAAAUCAGUCAAAGAAUAAUUGCGCCACGUUGAAACCGAGGCAAUUCUUAUUGGCCAGAUUGUUGCUCGGAGGCAGAGAAAAAGCUGCUUCCGUGGAUAAUCUAACUCGAGCAUCUGAAAUGUCGAAAGAAGCUGCGAUUCCUAAUGGAAUGACAGACACCAACAAUUUACCCGUGCGAUUAUCCUUGAACGAUCGCGCCAAGUCAGCCAGUACCGGCGAGCUGUCGAGAGACAACGAAGUUCAUGUCAAUGACGCUUCUUCGCAAAUUGUCGAAUCAUCCGCGAUGAAUGUCAGUCAGCAAUCGCUGAGUCUGCCCCGGACGCCGAUCUGGGGCGGCUCUACGGAUUCUGUGUCUGGUAUACAGUUGACAUGUCCGCUUUUGGAAUCUUGCAGAGAAGUAGUGACGUCUGACUCGCUGAUGGAACAUAUCAGAAUUCACGCGGUGCCGCAAGUUCAUUUUCAUUCUGGAAACGCAAGGAUCCCACUUCCACUUCCUUUCGGACGUGACGCUCUUUAUAUAUUUCAUCAUGGAAACAAUAUGUUUUUUUUCCAGUACGAAGAGGAAAUGGCAUGGAUGACAUAUCCUCCUAAGAAGACGUGUUUAAAUAGCAUAUGGGAAUGGACAUUGCACGCUUGGGGUGACAAUGGUACAGAAGUACAAUUGCGAAGACACGUGGCGAGUCUCGAGGAUACUGCAACGUUGUCUUCACAACAUAUUGCUCCAUUGCCAAACGCAUUACUGUUGAAGACCAUUGAAAUACAAAUGUCAGAAUAUGGAGCACACGACAGAUUAUACAUGUGAAGAAAAGCUAUAUCGGUUAUUUCUAAC